AUGGCCACCUUCCUCCGAAGGCCAGGCAAUCUUGCUCGAUUCUCGAGGAGAGCCGCGGAACCCAUCAGUCGCACACUUCCGGUGACUUCACGGGUGUCCUCGUCGCGGCUUCCAUCUUUCAUCACAUCUACACACGCCCGAACAUUCACUACAAAUGGAUCCAAGUUCCAGAACAUCCCGCCAAAUGACCCCAAGCAGGAGCAGAGCGAGCGCAAGGAAGAGCCGAAGAAGCCGGAGUCGAUCCUCAAUGAACAAGACCAGAAAAACCUAGACGACUUUGUAAAGCAUGUGGAGGGCCGUCUUCCCGAAUCACAACAUGAGGCUCUGCAUGAAAUGCGGAAACAAUUGAUGCGGGAUGGGAUACCGGCCGAUGCGAAGGCUUUCAUUGACAACCAUCGUGAUGCGUCAUUGAUGGAUUAUCUUAAGAUGAUCCGGUUCUUACUUAGGUAUACGAAUGAUCAAGCCAAGAAGGACGCGACAAAGGAAGUCAACGACCUCUUCAGCAGUAAAUCCCCGAAGGACCCCAAAGAGCAGGAAACGGAAAAGAACAAGGAGGAAUCCGAGUCUGAGAAGGGCAAGGAAGAGUCCGGGAAGCAGGAAGAUAAGAACAAGAAUGACCAACAGAAAAAGAAGAAGGGCAUUCCUCCCAAUGCUAAAGUUUUUGAGUUCCGAUUCGAUCCCGCUUCUUUUCUCGUCACCUCACUUGUUACCUACUAUAUCUACCGAAGCUUCUUUCCUGGUGAAAGUGGUGGUCGGGAAAUCACCUGGCAGGAAUUCCGUGCGAACUACCUCGACAAGGGCUUCGUUGAGAAGUUGACCGUGCUCAACCACAGCCGAGUCCGCGUCGAUGUAGACCGCGAAGCUGUGUCCUCAACCUACGCCGAUGCAAACGCUACUGGUCAACCCGUUUCCCAUGUAUACUUCAGCAUUGGGUCUGUUGAUAGCUUCGAGAUGAAGCUGGAGCAGGCUCAGAACCAACUGGGCAUCCCGGCUCACGAGAGGAUCCCAGUUGCCUACGUUGAUGAAGUUCCAUGGGGCAGUGCCCUCUUGUCUUUCGCUCCUACUCUUCUCUUGUUUGCUGGUAUUUACUGGUUCUCCCGUCGCGCUGGCGGUGGUGCCGGUGGUCAAAGUGGAAUCUUCGGAAUCGGCAAGAGUCGUGCUAAGAAGUUCAACCACGAGUCUGAUAUUAAGAUCAAGUUCUCUGAUGUUGCUGGUAUGGACGAGGCUAAGGUCGAGAUCAUGGAAUUUGUUAGCUUCUUGCAGCAGCCCGAGCGGUUCCAGAGGCUUGGUGCUAAGAUUCCCCGUGGUGCUAUUCUCUCUGGUCCCCCUGGUACUGGUAAGACCCUGCUGGCCAAGGCUACCGCUGGUGAAUCCGGUGUGCCUUUCUUCAGUGUGAGCGGUUCCGAGUUCGUCGAAAUGUUCGUUGGUGUCGGUCCUUCUCGUGUCCGUGACCUGUUCGCCAACGCCCGAAAGAACACUCCUUGCAUCAUUUUCAUUGAUGAAAUCGAUGCUAUUGGUAAAUCCCGAGCUAAGCAAAACUAUGGCGGCGGCAAUGAUGAGCGUGAAAGUACCCUGAACCAGAUUCUUACUGAGAUGGACGGUUUCAACACUUCCGAGCAGGUUGUCGUUCUAGCCGGUACCAACCGACCUGAUGUUCUUGAUAAGGCCCUGAUGCGUCCUGGUCGAUUCGACCGACACAUUGGUAUUGACCGACCUACCAUGGAUGGCCGCAAGCAGAUCUUCCGUGUUCACUUGAAGAAGAUCGUCACCGACGAGAACAUGGACUACCUAGAAGGCCGACUUGCUGCUCUUACCCCCGGUUUUGCUGGCGCUGACAUUGCGAACUGCGUCAACGAGGCAGCUCUUGUUGCUGCUCGCGAAAAUGCCGAAAAGGUUGUGAUGAAACACUUCGAGUCGGCCAUUGAGCGUGUCAUCGGUGGUCUGGAAAAGAAGUCACUUGUUUUGUCUCCUGAGGAGAAGCGCACCGUUGCCUACCACGAGGCUGGCCACGCUAUCUGUGGUUGGUACUUCCGGUGGGCCGAUCCCCUGCUGAAGGUCUCGAUCAUUCCCCGUGGACAAGGUGCACUGGGUUAUGCCCAGUACCUUCCCGCUAACGGAGACACUUAUCUGAUGAACACCAACCAGAUCAUGGAUCGUAUGGCUAUGACUCUGGGUGGUCGUGUCAGCGAGGAGCUUCACUUCGACACCGUGACCAGCGGUGCAAGCGAUGACUUCAACAAGGUUACUCGUCUGGCUACCGCCAUGGUUACCAAGUUCGGUAUGUCAAAGAAAAUCGGCUACAUCUACUACGAGGACGACUCUGGACAACAGAUCCAGAAGCCAUUCUCCGAAGACACUGCCCGCAACAUCGAUAUUGAAGUGCGCCGCAUCGUCGACGAGGCUCACAAGAAGUGCCACGACCUCCUCACCGAGAAGAAGCAUGAAGUCGGUAUCGUUGCCGAAGAGCUUCUGUCCAAGGAGGUUCUUGGCCGCGACGACAUGAUCCGCCUUCUAGGUCCCCGCCCCUAUCCGGAAUCUGCUGAGUUCGCCAAGUACUUCGACGGCAAGGGUGGAGCUACCUUCGCCCCUCCAGAGCCUAAGCCGAAUCCCGAAGAAACCUUAGGCAAAGAUGGCCGGGAUCAGACUCCCAUCCCUUGA